AUGUGCGGUGUUCCUCGAAGCUUCAUGACUGCCCUUUGUACUUUGGCCGUCCUCUUCCUGUCUUUGCAACGUUGCGUGGCAAAAAUUGUGUAUGCGGAGAAAGACUCUCCUGUGGAGCUGCCGUGUCCUUGUCCACACUGCCCUGAGCAACACAGAGAAAUGAACUGGUACUUUGACCUCGAAGGCAUCGCAACCCCUCUCUUCCGCAAAGGGCAGCACAACAGCGUCGAGCGUCUGCCGGCUGCCUGGCCUCGCCUUGAGAUGCUUGCGAAUUACUCCCUCCACUUGAGCAGCGUGAUGGACAGUGACACUGGUAGAUACUGGUGCGAGCAAAGCAAUUACUAUGAUCUGGUGGUUGUCACAGGAACAAAGCAGACGGUGGAGAGCAGGAGAGCGGAUAGCGUGUGCUACAUCCUGAGUUGUUCGGUCUCAGUCGAAAACAUCCAGCACUCUGUGGUCAGGUGGUGGGAAGGCAAAAAGGAGCUUCAGGGUGAAGAGAAGAAAGGAGGAGUCAGCGUUUUCAAAGGGGAAAGGACCUCACAACUCCACAUUUGUGUGAAAAAGGAGACAGCUGAAGAGGGGACGAGGCCCAAGGAAAGGAGAGUGAAGUGUGCUUUUGCUGACCACUUGGGGAUCGCCUUCAAUUUGACCGGUUCUUCAUCAGGGCCUCGUCAUUGCAUCCAUUCAAGAUACCAUGACGGUGGUGGAGUAGCAAAAGAUUGCCUAUUGAUGUGCCCUAAUACAACUCGGUGCCUGGAAAGUGGAGGGCAUGGUGGCACCUGGAUCCCACUGGCUGCAUGUGUCACACUGCAGUUAGUCAUCAUUCUUGCUCUGGGGCUGGCAUUGUGGAGGAGGAGACACUGCAGGGAGAAACGUGAAGAGUAUUUUAACAAGGGCGGCAGAGAUGUUUCCAAGCCAAAACAGAGGCCUCAGCUGUACGAGAAUAUCAAGACCCGGUCUGGGAUGGCACAGCAAGAGAAAAACAGUGCUUCCCACUGA